AUGCCAUUCAAGCAUUCUCUCCUUUUUGACGCAUCAUUUGAAUCAGCCAACUUAUUGAGUGCUGUCCAACGAGGGCCCGCAGAGUAUGACCUUUUUUUGCGCGCCGACUUGCAUACCGAUGGCUUCAUGCAAUGGUUCUAUUUCGGAAUCACGAACACAUGCCCCCGAGAUCAUCUAGAUUCACGUCAUAUGAAUCUUACUAAACCGGAGUCGCUGUUCAACACCGGCAUGCAACCUGUCAUAUACUCCUGCGCCGAUGCCGCCGAGCACGGGAUUGGAUGGAUACGAUCGGGAUCCCAUGUCGAGUAUCGGUCCAACCAAUAUGUUCGAAAUGGUCUCAAUAGUAGCACAGCGGAUGGUGCGACAUACUACACCCUGUCUUUCACCCUGGCAUUUGAUAGAUCUGACGAUGUAUAUCUCAUCGCUCACUCAUACCCAUACACAUAUUCGGAUCACAAAGCCCACCUUGCUUCGAUGCUCCGUUCGUUACGAAAGCGUCGCAUUGUUCAACAUGCGCUUCUCUGUACAACACUAGACGGCCAGGACUGCGAUCUCAUAACGAUAACUGGUGAUGCUGAUGAGCUUCCUCCAGGGAUCGUGGAGUUAUCUUCAAGCGUCCCCUCUUUUUUGCGGCGUAAAAAAACUGUUAUCUUAAGCGCGCGUGUUCAUCCUGGGGAAACACCUGCAAGCUGGAUGAUGCGUGGAAUUCUCGAUUUUCUUGUUGGGGAUAGUCAUGAAGCAAGGAUCCUCCGAGCUUUAUUUGUUUUCAAAAUUGUCCCCAUGCUAAAUCCUGAUGGAGUACUCUAUGGGAACAACCGUUGUUCCCUCGCCGGUGUGGAUCUUAAUCGGCAAUGGAAGAAGCCGACUAAAGCACUCCAUCCGACGAUUUAUCAUCUUAAGUCUCUGAUUCGUGUUGAACGCACCCAACGCGAGAUUGCUCUCUUCUGUGAUCUUCAUGGGCACUCGCGUAAACAGAAUAUAUUCAUGUACGGCUGUGAUGAUCGCCGUAAACCCAAGCCCACAGUUCGAGUUUUCCCUAAGUUGCUGAGCUGGAAUCAUCUCGGGCAAAAGUAUGUGAGCUUCGCGGAUUGCAGCUUUCACGUUCGCAAGUCAAGAGAGGGCACAGGCUAUAUAACAAAUAGUUUCACUUUGGAAGCAUCCUUUUGUGGCUCUGAUUUUGGUGUUCUGCAAAAUUAUCAUUUUAACAUAGAUCACUUUCAAGAGGCGGGCAGAUCGCUAUGCGAGACCCUGUUGGACUACUGUCUGCCAAACUCGACACAA